AGCUGCCGCUGCGCUGCUGCCCAGUCGGCGGUAGUCGCUGCAACUGUCUCCUUGUGGCGCGUGCCUCGAGCUUGGCUCUUCCUCCCGCGGCGGCAGCGGCGGCGGCAGCGGCGGCGGCGGCGGCAACAGCAGCGGGAGGGAGCGGAGGCGAGCGGGAGGCGGGCUCCAUGGAGAGCGGCGGACGCCCGGGCAGAGGCGGCGCUUCCUCUCCAGCACCCGGGCUCCAGUGACCGGCGCUCGCGCCCUGCCCCGCGUCGGAGCAGUCGCCGGCUCCGGGACUGACCCGGCCUCCCUGCGCCUUCCACGCGCUGCCGCUUCGCCUCCCUGCGCCCCGACUGGCCCUCGCCCCCCAUUCCCCGGCGGGGUGGCGGCGGCCGGGCCCCCGCGGCGGCGGCCGGAGCAGCAGCGGCAGCAAGAGCCCGCCUCUAUGAUGAAGUUCAAGCCCAACCAGACGCGGACGUAUGACCGCGAGGGCUUCAAGAAGCGGGCGGCGUGCCUCUGCUUCCGGAGCGAGCAGGAGGACGAGGUGCUGUUGGUGAGCAGCAGUCGGUACCCAGACCAGUGGAUUGUCCCGGGAGGAGGAAUGGAGCCUGAGGAGGAGCCUGGCGGUGCUGCCGUGAGGGAGGUUUAUGAAGAGGCUGGAGUCAAAGGAAAAUUGGGCAGACUCCUGGGUGUAUUUGAGAACCAAGACCGAAAGCACAGAACAUAUGUUUAUGUUCUUACUGUCACUGAAAUAUUAGAAGAUUGGGAAGAUUCUGUUAAUAUAGGACGGAAGAGAGAGUGGUUCAAAGUAGAGGAUGCCAUCAAGGUUCUCCAGUGUCAUAAGCCUGUACAUGCAGAGUAUCUGGAAAAACUAAAGCUAGGUUGUUCUCCAACCAAUGGCAAUUCCACAGUCUCUUCCCUUCCAGAGAGUAACACCUUAUUUGUCACAGCUGCACAGACCUCUGGGCUGCCAUCGAGUGUGAGAUAGAGAAUUGCACGGACCUCUUGCACCAUGUGCGAUCUCGUGGGCAGAGGCUUUAUUCUCCCUGGCCAACAUCUGAAUGAUGCUUGCAAACUGUCUGAAUUUGCCAUGCAGGUUUUCAAACAAUUUGCAUGCUUUUCAGAUGCUUUCAAAUCUUCUUUAAAAAAAAAGGAAAAAGAUAGUAUAAAAUAUUUUAAUAAGCCAAAGCCAUGUGGAAUUUUUUUUAGAUGCCUUAACUGUGCCCCUGCCCCCGCCUGCCCACCUUGUUAUUUUGAAUGGCAUUUUUCAUAGCAUCUUUUUCAGUUUUUUUUUUUCUUUUUCCAUUCGAUGUCAGUCUGUGGUUCUUUGUCAGGUCACCUUUCUCAAUUUUCUCAUUCACAGCAGUAACAUUCAGCAAAUCCUUCUGUUGAUGGGAAUUUACAACAGUAAUUCUUGCUAUUAAAGAAGUCCAUCAACCCCAAAAUUUGUUUCAUAGAUCACAAUUUUAAUUCACAGAUUCCAGAUUUGGACUAUUUCUAUGUGGCCCAAUAACUAUUUUGACAAAGGAUUUUUGCUAUUUUCGGGAAUUUGUCAGCUCAUUUGUGUCAGUUUUCACACGUGGUAUUAUAUGACUAGCUACCUAAUAGGGCCAGUUCCCCUAUAUCUCAGCAGUCUUUAACACAGAGUUUAUGGAGUUGGUGAUUGUUAGGCAAGUACCAUAAGCAAGAUGCACGCGAUGGAUACAUCUUACGAAAGUCUGUGCGUGAAAUUUGAGUUGGCAUUUUCACUGGCCAGUUUUCUUUAUCUGUAUUCUCUCCUUACACAGAAUACAUGAGAACCGUAUUUCCCUCAAUGUAAAAUAUUUUUUCCGUUUUUGAAUUUCGUUACAUCUCUUCAGUUAAACUUGCUGGAGACCAGUAACCACCUUAAAUGCCAGUCAGUGCUGCCUGCAUCCCACUUGAGUGAAAUGGCCUUCUUGUUCAGCUGUUACAGACCUAGAUUGUUUGGGCACCUCAGAACAUCUCAUCUUUUCUAGGUGGUCAGUAGGUACUAGUCAUCAUAUGACUAUUGAUUUGGGCACUGGAACAUACCUGAACAAAAAAUUACUUUGUCUUACACUUGUCUCUAUAUUCACUUAAAUCCAAGAAUCCCAUCUAAAACACAAACACCUUGUCUGAAACACCUGCACUCCCCUGACCAAGUCAGAAAGGAGAUGGGGGCAAGUGAAAGAUGAUUCUAGAUGUAGACGUUAGCUUUUUGUAAAUAUCAUAACUGGUGGCUGUGAAGUAGAAAAUAAGUAUAGUUAUAUACUUGUUCUAUAAAUUGUUAACCUUUAAAAAUAUAAUUGCUGCUAAAAAUAAGAGUGCUGUUACACUUAAAAUUGGUGCCACUGUUUUGAAAAUGAGAUCUUGUGCCAUAAAUGCAGCUGAACUAAUACAAUCAUUAGUUCACAAAUUAAUGCUGUCAGAGGAAUGAGUAAAGUAGGAAAACUUAACCAGUGACAUUUCAUUCUAAAUUAUGUAGUGUGAGCAAACAUGAUCCUCCAGAAUUUUUGUAUUUUUCUUGAUACAGAGGUUACGGUGUUUUCUGGGUGUAUUUUUAAAAAUGGAAACAUUUUAAAUCCCACAGAUGGAGACACUUUGUAUCAAUCUUAAAUGGACUAAGUUGUUUUUUUUUUUUCCUCAGUAAUCUCUGAAGUUUCUUUAAAUUAUAUUUAACACAGCAGAGAAACUGGAUUGUUUUUGUAUAUAAGACUGUGUCCACCUGAAAUGUUGUCAGAAGUACUAGGGGGGCUGGGUAUCUUGUACAUGAUAUUCUUAGAGGUAAUAAUGCAUGGACUUAUUUUAUAAAUUCUUGGACUAUGUAUUUGACAUGUAAAAUAUGUACAGUAUUAAUGUCAGCCAUUUCUUAAAAGUGAGCCUAUAAAUAUUGUUGUAUAAUUUUCUUCGGUCAGGAGCAUUUGGACUAAGUAGUACCACUGGGUCAGGAUUUUCUUCAGUGCCAUUUAGCAAACCACCUGUCUUUAGGCAACUAGCAAAAACUUGUAUAAUGCAUCAGAAUACUUCAGUUGUCACACUUUAACUUUCACAUGUUCUUCACUCUAUUUUUGGAACCCAGCCUAGCAAAAUUAGAGGAAAGGCCCCAAGGAGACUUAAUUCUGUUAAGAGAAAAAGGCCUACAUUUGCAAGCUCAACGAGUCAAUCUACUAUAGAUAACAAAUAGUGUCUACUGUCACAACCCUCCAAAGUUUACAGUGUUGGGACUGUCAUUUGUGCUUUCUGUGGGGUAGCUGGAUAAAAUCGGGCAGCUAAAAUUUCAAGUCCCCUGUGCCUCCUAAAUUUAAAGUUUGUAAAUUGACUCACAGACACAAAGUAGCAACUAUUUUGCAUGUUUAUUGUCAGGUGUUUUUUUUGUUUUUGUAAACAGGUGAAAUUUUCCAACCAGGCACAUCCCAUUCAAUUUUCUGUCGAUCACACAGUUGUAUAAAGCAGCAAAACUGAAGGGGGGUGAUUGUUGUAUACACUUCAAAUUGCUUUGCAUGGUCUCAUUUGAGAUAAUUGGUGUAAGAAUCUUGACUCUUUUUUACAUUUGGAAACAUCAAAUAAAAAAUGGAAAUGGG